AUGGCUGAUCACGAUAACGACCACACCUUCGAGUCCGCUGAUGCUGGUGCUUCCAAGACCUACCCCAUGCAAUGUUCUGCCUUGAGAAAGAACGGCCACGUUGUCAUCAAGGGAAGACCCUGUAAGAUCAUUGAAAUGACCACCUCCAAGACUGGUAAGCACGGUCACGCCAAGGUCCACUUGGUUGCUACUGAUAUCUUCACCAACAAGAAGUUGGAAGAUCUCUCUCCCUCUACUCACAACAUGGAUGUCCCCAACGUUACCCGUAUGGAUUACAACCUUAUUGACAUUGAUGAGGAUGGUUUCCUCUCUUUGAUGACUGCUGAUGGUGGCACCAAGGAAGAUGUCAAGCUCCCCGAAGGUGAGCUCGGUGAGAAGUUGCAAGAAGAUUUCGAUGAGGGUAAGGAUCUCAUGGUCUCUGUCGUUUCCGCUAUGGGUGAGGAGCACUGUUUGGCCUACAAGGAAGCUCCUAAAUAA